GUCCGUAAGGCAGCUGUGUUCUCCUAUCUUUCUAUCUCUAUCAGUUCUCUUCUCUCGAUGGUUUUGAGUUGCUUCAGAGAUAUUUUUUCUAUAAUUUCGUAGUAAUUUCCAUCCAUGGCGACUCUCGCCCCAAGCUCGUCACCUCCAUGGCCACAACCGGAUUCAAAUCCUAAACCUAAUUUUAAUUCCAAUUCGAAUUUUCUCACUGCUUCUCCAGAGGAACGUGCCACGAUGUCUGAAGAAUCUCAGAUUGAACGUGAGCCUUCUUCGAAUCUGGAACAACGAAGAGAUGAAGAUGAUGAGCAUGUCGGAGACGGAGAUGGAGAUGAAGACUCGGAAGCUCCUUCCAAUUUCAAUUUCCCUUCUUCAAACUCUCCUUUCAUUCCAAACCCUAGCGCCAACCCUAAUCUUAAUGACAAUCUUUCUCCUUCGCCGGCUUCCGUUCCCACGCUUCUUCACCUUUCCUUCAAUCAAGACCAUGGUUGUUUUGCCACGGGAACAGAUCAUGGCUUCCGUAUCUACAAUUGCGAUCCUUUCCGGGAAAUCUUCCGGAGAGAUUUCGAUCAUGGAGGUGGUAUCGGUGUUGUGGAGAUGCUCUUUAGAUGCAAUAUUCUUGCUCUUGUAGGGGGUGGACCUGAUCCGCAGUACCCGAUCAACAAGGUCAUGAUUUGGGAUGAUCACCAGAGCCGUUGCAUCGGCGAGUUGUCAUUUAGAUCUGAAGUCCGCGCUGUACGACUUCGGCGUGAUCGUAUUGUUGUGGUUUUGGAACAGAAGAUAUUUGUUUAUAAUUUCGCGGACCUGAAGCUGUUGCACCAAAUUGAAACCAUUGCCAAUCCCAAGGGGCUUUGUGCGGUGUCACAGGUGUCUGGUUCACUUGUCUUGGUUUGUCCUGGGCUGCAGAAGGGUCAGGUUAGGGUUGAGCAUUAUGCGUCUAAGAGAACAAAGUUCAUCACGGCUCAUGACUCAAGGAUCGCCUGUUUCGCACUCACCCAGGAUGGUAAAUUGCUCGCUACAGCCAGCACCAAGGGCACUCUGGUUCGGAUUUACAAUACGUUGGAUGGGACUCUUCUUCAAGAGGUUCGUAGGGGUGCUGAUAGAGCAGAAAUCUAUAGUCUGGCUUUCUCUUCUUCUGCAGAGUGGCUAGCUGUGUCAAGUGACAAGGGAACUGUUCAUGUCUUCAAUCUCAAAGUUAAUUCAGGAUCUUCAGGAAAUGAACUUACACGCACUGCAUCUGGUCCCAUUAAUGCUGCUGGAUCAAGUGGUUCAUCACUUUCUUUCAUUAAAGGGGUUCUGCCAAAGUAUUUUAGCUCAGAAUGGUCAGUUGCGCAAUUUCGUCUACAUGAAGGUUCUCCGUACAUUGUUGCUUUUGGCCAUCAAAAGAAUACAGUUGUUAUACUCGGCAUGGAUGGAAGCUUCUAUCGUUGUCAGUUUGAUCCGGCGACUGGUGGGGAAAUGAGUCAACUGGAAUAUUACAACUUCUUGAAGCCAGAAGAUACUUUCUAGACUAAAGCUGAAGACAUGUCUUAUUUUCUAAUUUUGGCUUCUCCUCUAGUUUUUUAUGAUAACUUAUGAAAAUUUCUUUUUGGGACUAAAUAAAUUGUAAAUAUCUUAGUAUAAAUGGCAUCUGUAGAUAGUACCUGUGAAUAUAGGCCAAAAAAAGAAAAAAAAAUGGUAUACCAAUAAGUAUUUAUUAUUUAUGAAGGACAUGCUUGUAUAUUGUAUAUUUGGACCUUGUUUACCCUGAUUAACCAUCCAAAUGAAACUGUGUUUCCUGGGAUUA